GUACGGGCUGCGUGGCUAAUGCAGGACUGACAGGCUUGCUGGCAGGCAGGCAUGCAAGCAUGCAGCAGGCAUGCAGGCCAAGUCCCCGGCCUGGCACUGGCGACAUCAAUCAGCCCAUCCUGCUUCGCCCUGCCCUGCGAGAGCCGUGAUAGCACCUGAGAGAGAGCCAACAACACCAUGCCUACCUUUCAUGACCGACCCCAAGGCCAACCAACCAGCCCCCCCACGAUCGCACAGAUGGGCCGGCUCACACUCGGGCCGGCCUCAUCCCGGCUAGGGAACAAAGCCAACCAACAAUUUCUUUCUUCUCCGCCUUUUAGCUUGCCGUCGGAGGUAACGCAGGACAGCUCGUUGCUCAUGAGCUGUCCCCUCUCAGGGCUAGGCUGGCUACGGAGUACCCCGUCAAGCCCGUCCAAGCUUUGGGUUUGGGGCAAACCGCCCCGUCCUUGGCCGGAAGGGAAGGGGGGAGGGGGAAGAGGGACGGCGCCAUGGGCCUGCCGUAUGAUUAAAGUUACGUCAAAGAUUGGCUCCCACAACUGAGCCCAGGGUUUCGCGAUCGUCCGUCCUGACUCUGUGGGGUGUCCCACUCGGAAGCCUUCCGUCUCAGCUGUGUGUGUGGUGCCUGGGCCAUGGCAAACUACGGGACCAGCUCGACCAGCUCGACCAGCCUUGUCCACCGCCCGCAAACAAAUCCGAUAUGCCCGGCCCCGGGUUGGUGGGUUUCCUGGGGGUGGAGCACUGCAUGUGGAGGAGCUGGUGCGCUGGUCCAAGGCGUGUGUGUGCGUGGUGUGCAUGGUGGUGGUUCUGGCCACGCUUCCCGAGUCGUGUUGCUUGUUGCUGUUGCAGCACUUGUGGGCGUGGUCCCGUCACUGCUUGCGUUUCGGCGGACGUCAUGGUCCGCUGUCAAUGACUGACUGGUUGGUCUGCGUCGGUCCUCCUCCACGCCCAUCCUUCUUAUAUGUCGCGUGUGCACUUUCCGCCACCAACACACCCCCCUUCCCAGGAACUAACACCCUUUUGUGCAAAGACCUGCGACGUCCGUACUCUUCUCUGUCCAACAUUUGACUCGAAGCGGACUCAAGCUCACUCAUACAAAGCACUAUUUACGUGUAUGAUUUGCUAUAUUGGAGGGCCCUCAGACUUUUUGUAUCAUCAGUCCUCACAUACAUACACAAGUACGCCCACUCACAACGCCACUCACAACGCCACGCAAUAUGCCCUCCUCAGAAGGCGCUGGCCAUGCCAACGGCUCCCACGACGCCCGCCAGAGGAAGAAUGUCCACCCAUUAGUCCCAGGCGUCUACGUCCCAACACCAGCCUUCUUCAAAGACGACGCAGACGAGCAGGUAGACCUGGACAGUGUCGCAAAACAUGCUGUUCGCCUAGCCCGCGCAGGUGUUACCGGCAUAGCCGUCCAGGGCUCCAAUGGGGAGGCCGUGCACCUUCUCGACUACGAGCGGGACCACAUCACCCAGAUCACGCGGAACGCCCUGGACGAGGCCGGGUUCAACGACAUGCCCCUCAUCGUGGGUUGCGCCGCCCAGUCCACCCGCCAGACCAUCGAGCUGUGUAAGCAGGCAGCCCUCAAUGGCGGCGAUGCCGCCCUCGUCCUGCCCCCCGCGUACUACCAGGGUCUGUUCGAUAAGGAGACCGUGUCCCGCUUCUUCCUUGACGUCGCGGACAAGAGCCCCAUCCCUAUCAUCAUCUACAACUACCCCGCCGCCGUCUCGGGCCUGGACCUCAACAGCGACGAUCUGAUCAACCUGGGACGCGCCCACCGCAACAUCGUCGGGGCCAAGUUCACCUGCGGCAACACGGGCAAGCUGGCGAGGGUGGCCGCCGAGUUCACGGGGAAGCCCGUCCCCGCCGCAGGACACGACGAGGCCUACGCAAACGAGUACCCAGAUUUCCUCUGCUUCGCCGGCUCAGGCGACUUCCUCACGCCCGCCAUGGCCGCGGGGGCAGCGGGUGUCAUCCCCGGCAUCGCCAACGUGGCCCCCGCGACGGUGGUCCAGCUAUACAGGUCGCUGGUCAAGGGCCAGGGCGACCAGAAGCUGCAGAGGAUCCUGGCGCGCGGCGACUGGGCGGCUAUCAAAUCCGGCGCGGUGGGCGUCAAGGUGGGACUGCAGGAGUACUUUGGCUAUGGGGGCUGGGCGCGGAAGCCGUUGCCGCGGCCGGAGGGUGAGCGGCGGAAGGAGAUUGUGGAGGGCUUCAGGGAGCUUGUUGAGUUGGAGAAUUCAUUAGGAGGAAGCGCGUGAUGGGCGGAAUAACCAAGAUUAAGCUACUUGGGGGAACUCUACCACCCUUUCAAACAUGAUUCUCGUGCGUGGGGGCCGU